AUGCUCUCAGCAAAACACUUGUUUGGGGAUCGACAGUUACCAGUGUCCAGGCCAAAUCAGUGCCUGCUCUCAUUAAAAGCGCAUCCCUGCGAUACCCAACCUAGGAGGAGCGUGCGCCGCCUGACGCGACAGGUAGUAGCUCAUCAGCGUGAGAAACGCCGUCUUGCACCCACGGCGUUUAAAGACACUGGCAAAGCACCUGUGGAACAAGAGGUAGCAAUUCAUCGCAUUAGGAUUACUUUGACGAGUCGCAAUGUAAAAUCACUUGAGAAGGUCUGUGCUGACUUGAUCAGGGGCGCUAAGGAAAAAAACCUAAAGGUGAAAGGACCCGUUCGCAUGCCCACCAAGACUCUGCGAAUCACUACCAGGAAGACGCCUUGUGGUGAAGGUUCCAAGACCUGGGAUCGUUUCCAAAUGCGUAUCCAUAAGCGGCUCAUUGACUUACACAGCCCUUCUGAGAUCGUCAAGCAGAUCACGUCCAUCAGCAUCGAACCAGGUGUAGAAGUUGAAGUUACUAUUGCCGAUGCCUAAAUGAUGGCCAUCGUUGAAUAAAGUUGAUUUACAAAUUUUCA